UUCACGUGCCUGCAUGCGGUCGGUUCGUCGAAGUUUAAUAAUCCGGCAAAACGAUGGGGAAAAUUCCGUUGUUUCACGAGUCUGACCAGGAAGAGGAGGAACAGAUUGGAUUCCAGACGAACAAGAGCUACGCCAAGCACUACGACGAGUUUCGCCGGAAGGAGGUUCUUGGGCAGUUGAAAAAUCUAGAACAGGAAGAUGAAUCGUCGUCCAGCGAGGAUGAAACGACCGACGAGGAGGUUGUGGAUGCGGAAUUUGACAAGGAAUUCUUCCGAACGUUGGCAUAUCUGAAGCGACGUGAUCCGGCCAAGUACAAGGAAAAGCCGGCGUUCUUCGAGCAUGUCAAACCGGUCGAGGAGGUUGCGCUGGAAAAGCGCAAGAAAAAGGAGAAACCGAUGACCCUGAAGGAUUACGAGCGGAAGGUGAUGCUGGAAAAGGGUGGCAUAUUCGAGGACGAAGAAGAGCUGGCGAGGCCGAGGGCCGAAUCGCCGUCGCUGGUGCAACAGCAGGAAGAGCUUAAAGAUGAAAUUAAGCAAGCGCUGAGCAAGAUCGAUACGGACGACGACGAGGACGAGCAAGAUGCCAAGGGUGGCCUGCUGAAGGAACGGAGCAAGAGCAAGGACGAAACCGAGCGCGAACAGGCCGAUUAUUUGCUGUGGCUCGCGGACAAAAAGAGCAAGGAGCCUCCUUCGGAAGAGGUGAAACCGCUGGAACCGCUGAAGGAUUUUUGGAGCAGCAAACAUCUGUCCAAGGAGGAUGCGUUUCUAAAGGAUUAUAUCUUGAAUAAACGGUUCGUCGACAAUUCAGGGGACAUUCCAACUUACGAAGAUAUCGUGGCAACUUCGGAAGACGAGGAAGAACUGGAAAAGCAGGAAGAAUACGAGAGACGGUACAACUUCCGGUUUGAGGAACCCGACUCAGAAUUUGUCAAACGAUACCCACGUAACGUCGAGGAAUCGGUUCGUAUCGAGCGCAACAAACGCAAAGAACAACGGCAGGCUCUCAAGGAACGAAAGCAACGCGAAAAAGAGCAACAAAAGCGAGAACUUGAAGAACUGAAGGCGAUCAAGCUUCAGGAAAUCAAAGAACGGAUUCAGAAACUGAAGGAGAUCGCCGCCACGGACAAUAUGGCCAUCAAGGAGGAGGAUCUGGAGUCCGACUUUGAUCCGGACGAGCAUGAUCGCAGGAUGCAACGGAUGUUUGACGACGAGUACUACGGCGUUGAUGAAGGUGACCAGAAGCCGGAAUUUCCCGAUCUUGACGAAGAGUUGGGCAUCGAAAAUUACGAUCGCGAAAAGGGAGCAAUCGCUGACGAGUUCGACGAUGGGCCACACUGCGAGGACGAUGACUUUGUGAUGGAUGCGGAUUACGAGGAAAGUCAAGGCACAAAAGAUCACAAAAAGGAGAUGCAGGAAGAGUUGCUCGAAGCUACCAGCAGCAGAAAGAAAAAGAAGGGCAAAAAGAUGUCUAAAUUUGCCGAAGUUCUGCGAAAGGAUAAGCCUCUAUUUGAUCCCGAGGAUGAAAAGACGUACGGCCAAUACAUCGACGAGUACUACAAACUGGAUUACGAGGACAUUAUCGGGGACACUCCGUGCCGCUUCAAGUACGUCGAAACGGUUCCAAAUGAUUUCGGGCUGUCGGUUGAGGAAAUCUUGAUGGCAAACACGCGCGAGCUGAACCGCUGGGCAAGCGUAAAGAAGACCGUUCAGAUACGACCGAAGUACACCGAGCUGGGUGAAAUCGAGGUCUACAAGAGGAAGGCUCAGAAUGAGUCUUUGAAGAAGAAGAUUUUGCCGAGUUUGUACAAGGAUCAGGACGACAGUGAGGAGGACGAAGAGGUCAAACAGAAUAAGGUGACCAAAUUUGUGGAGGAUGAAAAACCAGCCGAGACGGAUGAGACCAACCAAGCCAAGGACAAAAAGAAGAAGAAGAAAAAGAAGAAAGCGGUUGAUGAUAAGCCAAAAGACGAAGAUGAGCAAGUCGUUGAAGAGGAGCCGGUUGAUAAGAAAGUUGUCAGCACAGAAAAUGAUGAAGAAGAGAAACAGGACCCUCCUGCGAAAAAAUCCAAAAAGAAAAACAAGAGCAAAAUCAAUGACCAGCUGGAGGUCGAUGAUGGUGCGCCAACGGAAGCAGCCGAUCACGCUGCUGAAGGUGGCCAGAAACGGAAGCUUCAAAGCGGUGACGAUUCACUUUCUCAGCCGAAGAAAAAGAAGAGAUUCGAUAAGCACAAUAAGCACAGGACACCGGAAGGACCGGCGGCCAACGUGAGCGAUAGUCGGCUGAGGGCGUUCGGAAUUAAUCCUAGGAAGUUCCACAAUAAGAUUAAAUAUGGUGGCAAAAAUAAUCAGGAGUCGACAGAGUCACGUCAGAAUGGGGGUCACGAGAAACAGAAGAAGAAUUUUGGUAAUCGAAAUCAAAAGUUCAAGAAGAAUGGUUGGAAAAAGUAAGCUUUGAGUUUGUAAAAUUGUGUCGUUUGUCGAUUCAAAAGCCAUGUAAAUAAGGAUAAAACAAUAAAAUUUCUCAAAAAAAAUA